AUGUUCGGACGCGUACAUGUCGUUCGAGGUUUUCUCGAUGUUUAUCUUUCAUCCGUUAUACCUUCAGUUCGACCGUAUUCACGUAUCGCUGCACCACUGACGCCAUCUUUUAAACAAGAUUCGAUCGUUGAAUUAGAUCGAUUAUUCCCGCGUAUUGAGUUGGAGUAUAGAGGUCAUGACAAGGCAGUGUUGAAGUCGUAUACCACAUUUCUGAAGGCCGUUUGCAAACACCUGGAACUUGAGAUAGUUUCUGUAAAAGUAUUUCCGUACGUAUGGUGGAUCCAAAAUGCUCUCAGAGCUAAAUUUGCAAAAAAGAAGAAUCAAAUUCAUUAUGAGACAAGAACGCAUAUUCGUCAACUUACAAUUCGACAUGUUACCGGUAGUACAGCGAGUACAUUCCUGGAAUACAUUCAGCGAAAUAUACCGGAAGGAGUUGCAAUGAAAGUCACUUAUGAUGAAAUUGCAGUGUUACCGGAAACCAUUCGGAGUAAAAUGAAGCUAAUGCAAUCGAAUGAUGAAAAUGUUUCGAUAGCAACUCCAACUAUGACUGAGGAAGAGAAAAUUGCUGAAGCGUUGGUUAACGAGAACAACAAGCUUUCAGCUAGUAAAGUAACUUCUAAAAAGAGCUUUUCAUCAAAUAGUAUUUAA